CCACAUCCAAAGCUGCCUAUAUAGAUAAGCUAAUGAGGCCUCUCAAUGCUUUGGAUGAACUUUAUCGACUGGUCGCCUCGUUUGUCAGAUCCAAACGCACAGCUGCCUGUGCAAACACUGCUUGCGGAGCCUCUGGAGUUGGGCUGCUGUCAGUGUCCUCGGAGCUGUGCGACAGGCUGGGAGCCUGCCACAUCAUCAUGUGCAGCAGUGGUGUGCAUCGGUGCACGCUGAGCGUGACGCUGGAGCAGGCCAUCAUCCUGGCCAGGAGCCACGGCCUGCCUCCUCGCUACAUUAUGCAGGCUACAGAUGUGAUGCGGAAGCAGGGAGCAAGAGUUCAGAACACAGCAAAGAAUUUGGGAGUCAGAGACCGGACCCCACAGUCUGCUCCAAGGCUGUAUAAGCUGUGCGAGCCGCCUCCCCCAGCUGGAGAAGAAUGAAGAAAGUUACCAAGGAACCUGGCAGGCAGAAGCUUUGGGACACUGGUCUAGAGAAAGAACAUGCUGGUUAAGCCUUCUCCACUGAAGAUAAGAAAUGCAUUUUUUUCUCUAAAUCUGUCACCAUGGUAUAAACAACUAACGUUCAGUUUGCACUUGGAUAUUUAUGCUGGAAAUGGAUUAGAGUGCAUUCAAACAAUUCUGCCUCCCAACCU